AUAUGCGUCGAAAACAGAGAAGUUGAGAGGGGAUUGAAUUCGAGGCGGCUCCACUUUGUUCAAUCCCCAUUCCUAUCUUCUCCUCCAUCACAUUUCUUAUUUCUUCUUUUCUUUUAUUUUUCCUGUUUUUAAAUUUCUAAUCCAAUUCUUUCUUUUUAGGGUAUUUGAAUUCCAUUAAAGCUCAUCAUCCCUCAUCUUCUAGGACAGAUUUUUUUCUAAUAUUAUUAUUAAUAAUAAACGAGAUUGGAAAGAGAUAUGUCGGAAAUGGAGAAGAAUGUUGAUUGGAUGAUUCAUAAUGAUGAUAAUAGUUCUAAUGAUUCGUCCCCUGAUGGUGGUGCUUCCCACGAUAUUCUGGGAUCUAAAAAUUUUGCAUUUAGAGCUCCUCAGGAGAAUUUCUGUAUCCAGGAUUUUGAUUUGGGUAAAAUAUAUGGUGUUGGUUCUUAUUCAAAGGUUGUGAAGGCAAAGAAGAAGGAUACAGGAAUAGUGUAUGCUUUGAAGAUCAUGGACAAAAAGUUCAUCACCAAGGAAAAUAAAACAGCUUACGUAAAAUUGGAACGUAUCGUGCUUGACCAACUGGACCAUCCUGGUAUUAUGCGACUCUAUUUUACAUUUCAAGAUAAUUUCUCACUAUACAUGGCACUUGAACCCUGUGAAGGUGGAGAACUUUUUGACCAAAUAAACAGAAAAGGUCGGUUACCGGAGGAUGAAGCUCGGUUCUAUGCUGCAGAGGUUGUAGAUGCUCUUGAAUAUAUACACAGCAUGGGAUUGAUACAUAGAGAUAUUAAGCCGGAGAACUUGCUUCUUACUAAAGAUGGGCAUAUCAAGAUUGCUGACUUUGGCAGUGUAAAGCCCAUGCAGGAUACCCGAAUAACAGUCCUUCCUAAUGCAUCCUCAGAUGAUAAGGCCUGCACGUUUGUGGGGACAGCCGCUUAUGUUCCUCCUGAAGUCUUGAACUCUUCUCCAGCAACAUUUGGAAUUGACCUCUGGGCACUCGGCUGCAUCUUGUACCAAAUGCUUUCAGGGACUUCUCCCUUUAAAGAUACAAGUGAAUGGCUUAUAUUUCAAAGAAUUAUAGCCAGAGAUAUAAGAUUGCCAGAUUAUUUUUCUGAAGAAGCCAGAGACCUCAUUGAAAAGCUAUUGGAUCUAGAUCCCAGUAGACGACCAGGUGCUGGAGCUGAUGGUUAUGCCGCACUGAAAGCGCAUCCUUUCUUUAGGAGAAUUGAAUGGAGUAAUUUAAGAACACAAACUCCUCCUGAGCUUGUUUUAGAGACAGGGGGUGGAUCAAGUGAAGGUGAUGAUCAUGGUGAUUCAUCAGGGAAUCCUACCCCCACUGGAAAUGGUUCAGCCAGACAGAAUGAUGGCAGUAUAACUAGACUUACUUCAAUUGAAUCCUUCGAUUCAAGAUGGCAACAAUUUUUGGAACCAGGAGAAUCUGUUCUUAUGAUCUCAAUGGUAAAAAAAGUACAAAAGUUAACAAGCAAGAAGGUUCAGCUUAUCCUUACCAACAAGCCAAAAUUGAUAUAUGUUGAUCCUGCAAAAUUAUUGGUGAAAGCAAACAUUAUUUGGUCCAACAAUUCUGAUGACCUCAGCAUCCAAGUCUCAAGUCCAUCACACUUCAAGCUUUGCACACCAAAAAAGGUAUUUUGUUUUGAGGAUGCAAAACAAAGAGCAUACCAGUGGAAAAUUGCAAUAGAGGGCCUUCAAAGCCGGUGAAGUGAGCUGUCUCCCGGUGCAGGCUUCUGCUGCUUCAUAUUAAGCUUUCACCCCCACUUCUUCCAAUUCUUGCAUCCAAUGAAUGAACAAUCUGAAAUGCAGUUUUAAGGGGGGAAUAAGGGUGAAGGUUUUUUGUUGUUAAUUACUUGUUUAUGUAUUGAAACUUAUAAAUAGAUUCAAUAAUGGAAAAAAUAUUUCAUUAGUUAUAUCCCAAUGUAUGGUAGGAAUGAAACGUGUUACUAGAGA